CUUGUUAGCAUUAACAUGCAAAAAGCAAUUGUGCCUCCUUUUGGCGGAUUUUUGAUCGAUCUUCAAUGAACUCCAGUCAUAGUAGCCGUGAAACCCUCUUCUCAACCUCCAUUUCUCAUUUCUACUAUUAAUUUCAUUUUUCUUUUUUUAAAGUGUGGAAUGCAAAUUAAAAAUAAUAGAUAGUUCAUAUUGCGGCGAAGUACUCUCUUUCUGGCGACUUUAAGGAACUGAGUAUUUGUGAUAAUGGAAGCAAUUUCAACCGCUGCUCCUUACGUGGACGAGGAUUUGGAAAAGCUAGUUGAAUUUUUUGGCUCAACUUUUUCUGUUGAGGAUGUUGCCUCUGCUUUUUGUGAGGCGGGGCGGGACUCAAAUUUGGCUGCUGAAAUUCUCUGUGGAGUGCAUGGAACUAACUCAAAUGCAUUACCAUUAAAGUGUCCUUCCGGAUUGGAUAGUGCAAGAUCAGUGUCAUCAGAAUUGCCAUCUGAUAAAUAUCUUGAGAAGGUUUCCGAUGGACAAAAACGGACAAAAGAGCUUGGGUCAAAAAAAUAUUCUGCAUCAAUGGGUACUGUUUCAAGUGUAAUUGGCAAAGAGUAUACUAAACCUAGGCCAAAGACAAAUGAAUAUAUUGAAGCAAAGAAACCAUUGAUGUUAGAAUCUAAGGACUUUCCAGUCUCAAUGAUUUGGAGUGAGGACAAUACGCCAAAUGUGACAACAAGGAAUUGCCCCCCAAAAGCUGAUAUAGAGGAAUUUCUUUUUAAGAUGCUUGGAGAUGGUUCUCAGAUCGAUAUGCCUGUGAUUCAACAGGUUCUUGGCCUUUGUGGGUAUGAUGUGCAAAAGAGCAUUGACAAACUUCUUGAUUUAUCAGCUUCAACAUUGGAAAACUGUGAAGGAGUUGGCGUGGCUGCUGACAAUUCAACAGGAAAAUGUUCAGAGCAGGAAUCUGUUUCACUUAGAGAACGAGUGCAACAUCUAGAUUCUGAUCGAAGGGAUGGAGGUGAACUGAAGGCUAGCAACUUAACAAGUUCUCCAAAAGGAGAAAUGGAUAGAACAGGUCUUCAGAAGGAAGUUCUGCAAGCAUUGUUUGAUGUUCCAAAUAGAUCUGAGGAAGCACCAAAAUUUGCACGCCCACGCCGAUUUAUGCCAGGAAAGAGAUUAAAAGCAUUUGGCAAACUUGUGACUGAACGUCAUAAGGAUGCUACAAGAGAACAUAAACCUUCUGCUGCAGAGCAACAUAUAGUUUCUGAAGAAGUAGAGGAUGCUGAUAACAACUAUGAGGUCCUACGUGCAGCUGUCAAGGAAUAUUUGAUUACCAUGAAAGAGUACUAUAAAGCUGCUGUUGAUGCAUUUGUCAAGGGUGAUCAUGCAAGAGCACAUAAACUGCAAGAGCAGGGACAAUUUUUUAAGGAAAAGGCUCGCGAAGCAGAUGAUAGAUCUUGUCAAAAACUUGUUGAAACCAGAAAUGAGGAGGUAAUGUGUGUCGAGUUGCACGAUAAUGAACCGAAGGAAUCUUUACGUCUUCUGAGACUUCACUUAACCUCUCUUUCUGGUAUCCCGUCUAUUAAGUACCUUAGACUCAAAUUGGAAAGCAACAACGAAGAUGCCAUGAAAGGGAAAAGGAAGAGACUGAUUCUGAAGCAACUGGAGAAGGAAUCCAUCAAAUGGAAUGAGGAAGGGGAUGGUGAGACAAUAUUAAUCCAGGUCGAUGUGAUUAAUCCAAAGAGCUUGAGCUUUGCGAAGAAGCAAGGAGCAGGAGAUCAGAGCAAAAGGAGGUCUUAUACUGGUUAUUUGUGAUUUUCUUUCUACUGAAAAAACUUUAAUGAAACACAUCUCUGACUAGGUAUGACCAUUUUGUCUUCAAGAACAAAAUGACUAGGUACAAUGUUGCUGAAUGCUGCUGAUGAAAACAUUUUUUGAUCUUUUGGCUGAAACUAGAGAUUGCUGAUUGCUGUUUUGUAAUCCUUGUGAUGCUUAUAUGCUUUAAUUAAACUGUUAGCUCUUUUCCUUUUCCUUUUUUUAA